UGAAUCCACAUCGCAUCCUUGCAUGUUUUUGUUGGAUCCGGCCCGCCCAUAGUCCAGCGCAUCCCCUGGAAAGCCGGGUAGAGGAUCAGCCACAUCACGCCAGAGGCUAUCAUGGACUUUCCAGGUCAUUUCCAGCACAUUUUCCAGCAGCUGAACCACCAGCGCCUCCAUGCCCAGCUGUGUGACUGUGUGGUGGUGGUGGGAGGCCAGAGCUUCCAGGCCCACCGCUCCAUCUUAGCAGCCUCCAGCUCUCACUUCAGGGCUCUUCUCAGCUCCUCGGAUGGUGAUGAAGGUGGAGGUGGAGGUGGAGGAGCAGGAGCAGACCGAGGAGGAGGGAGCAGGGGCCCCAGUGUGAUGGAGCUGGACCCAGAGGUGGUGACCCCCGAGGCUUUCUCCACCCUACUAGACAUGAUCUACACCUCCACCCUCUCUCUGGGGGCUUCUAAUGUGAUGGAUGUACUGCUGGCCGCCUCGCACCUGCACCUCAACACUGUGGUCAAGGCCUGCAAGCUCCACCUGUCCAAACGAAACUUCCCCGCCUCGCCACCGAAAGGCUGGAGGUCAGUUCAGCAGCCGCAGGAGCCGCUGUCAUCCCAGGUGGCAACCACGGCUCCGUCCGGAUCCCAGCUGCAGAGGUCAGGUUUGCAUCAACACCUGGAGCUCAGCCUGGUCACCUCGGCCAUGGAGGAGGAGCUCAACGAGGGGGAGAUGGGGAUGGAGGUGAGCCAGUCCGGUGAGGGCGAAGAUGAGGGGCUGAGAGGGAGGAGCGUUGGUGAACAAAGUGCAGUGCUGCCCUCAAGGCACAAGCGUAAGUCACCUCUCCAUGAGGAGAGUCUCGGCAGCGGGAAGAGGACCUGCAGGGAUCGAUCGCCUACAGUUACCAGGAGCACCAUCAACGGAGAGGAGCUGUUCUCUCCAGAUUCCCUGAGGAUGGGCGAUGGCCUCCAGGAGGGCAGAGGUGAGGAGGAGACAGAGGAAAAAUACGAAGCAACAAAAGGAGAGUCAGAGGAGAUCCAGCUGCCGAGCCAGUCAGACAGCAGCACAGGAGCCAUGGCUGCAUGGGAGAAGGAUGGAGACACAGGCGGAGAGGCUGUGGUGAAAGUGAAGGUGGGCGAGGAGGGCGAGGAGGAGGGAGAUGAGCAGAAGAUGGCAGUGAUUGAGGUGAAGAAGGAGAACCUGAGCUUGUCGUCCCCAGAGCUGGACACUGAACCCACCAUCCCUCCAUCACCAACAGGAGACUAUGUGGAUGCACCAGUGAGCGAUGAGAAACUGGCCACAGCCAGCCCAGCAGAGGGUGACCAUGAUGUGAGCACUUUAAAACCCCAGCUGUGCACUGAUCUUCAAACAGACACACAGACGGAGGGUGGAGGUGUUGGGGAGGAGUCAAUCGACGGCGAAGGCCUGGACAGCCUAUCAGAACUAGCCUUCUCCUGCUUCCUUAACCCCAGCAGUGAGAGUGUCAUGGGGGCGCUAGAGGUGGAGGACAGCUUAGCUAACCUCACUGCUGCUGCCGCCACCGCCUCCACCACCAGUGAUGCUCAGGCAGCUGCCGGAGAUGUGGUUGAACUUUGUCAAAACUCAGAGGACACAAACCCCUCCUCCGCUCCAGCCUCUGACUGCUCCUCCUCCCUUGUUUUUCCGGUGACUCCUGUCCCCUUUCAGCAGCUUCUACCAUCUCAGGGCCACGGUUUCAGCGACACGCUCAUCCUCCAGCCUACCCAGAGCUCUCUAGCAGGAUUCCUGCGGGGUGUCAGGCCAGGCGUCAAUCUGCAAGCCUCCCUCAUCCAACCUUCCCGGGCUGGAAAAGGAAGAGGAGGUGGCGGCUCAGGGGCACUGGCCUUCCGCCGCAUCGCCCCCAAAGCGGUGCCCGGAUCAGAGGCUUGCUCAGAUCCGGACCCCUCCUCUUCCUCUGGAUCAGCAGGGGACUCUGCUGAUCGCCCGGCCCUCACUAGAGCUUCAGAGGACGUCCUGUCGAAAUGUAAGAAGGCAGCGGCGGAGGACCAUGUGCUCUUAGUUGAAGGAGAGAAGAAAUAUGCCUGCAAGAUCUGCUGUAAGACCUUCAUGAACCUGACAGACUGUAAGAAGCACAUUCGUGUCCACACAGGGGAGAAGCCCUAUCCUUGCCCCAAAUGUGGCAAACGCUUCAGCCAGUCCUCCCACCUGUAUAAACACUCUAAGAACACCUGUCUGAACUGGAAAGGCGACAACCAACCAUUCCCAGACACUUUGAUCUGAGCUCUGCUCACCUGACAGGGGCUUGUUCGGCUGACAGGAAACAGAACUGUUUCAGGAAAACAAGGCACUCUGUGAACUGGAGUAUUUAUUACCCCUCUAUUGAUUGUCCAGUUUAUGUUACAGUGUAUACAGCUGCACUUCUGAAUUAAUUUAAUAUUUUUAUGCUCUCUACCAUGCUGGGAGUUUAUGAUGACUGUUCCAUGCAAUGAAAUGUCAAAUGUCAAAUGUAGCCCAGCUGAAGUGAUUGCACUGAGGGAACAAUCUUGUUUACAUCACCCCAACUUGAAAAGGUAA